UUGCGCUCCGACCCCGCGCCACUCGCGCCGGGAACCAUUUUGGGAGGCUGUUUUCCGGGGACCUCUUUCUCUCUCUCUCUCUCUAUCUCUCUCUAUCUCUCUCUCUGCAUGGGAAGACCUCGAACGAGGAACGUGGGGGUUGCCCGUCGUUGAGUGAUGUCUAUAUUGGUUGUGCCGGAGUCUGCCCCGUUGGCGCCUCCUGAUAAGGCGGUCUGCGAAGCCGCUUUAUGUCCCGCAACGUUGCCAUGCUGGCACUGCUUGCUUGCUGUAUACGGAGUACUGCGUGCUCUGUACUGUUUGCGAGGCGUUGUCAGAUUGCUUUUUGGCUUGUUUCUUUUUUUCGAGCAUUUCUUCUUUCUGUUCCCACCCCGCCGCCCCCUCCGUCACCGCCUUAUGCCCAAACGCACACCCGCAUACGAUGGACACACAUGGCACCCGUCAGGGUCGAACAUUGCAGGUCUAGCCCGGCCGGGGCCUUGCAGCGCAGGGGGAGGGUGUGGCGCACGAAUUGGUCGGGCAUGAAGGAAAAGAAACACGCACACACACA